ACUUGCUAAUCUCUCAAAUCUCUCUCUUUCCUUCGCUCUGACUCGUUGAGCUCGCGCUCAGCGUAUGUCUCCUCACGCCACCGCCACCAUCACCACCACGAUCAUUGUGUUCUCUCAACCCCUCUACUCCCCCUCCCUUCUUAACUGCAUAACCCACCUCUAAUUCGGCUGCUCUUGUGCACCUUUCAUGUUCCUCUGGCCUUUAGGAAUUACGGACUCCUUCUGUAGAUGUGGGCUAGAGUCGCCAUUUGGGUUUUGGUUGCUGGUACCUUCCUCGUCUUGUGCCGGGUCCUGGUGGCGGCUUGGGUGGGUGCUCUGUAGCGUGAAGUGGUCCUUAAAGUGUGUUGUGAUCUUUGAGGUGGGGUGUGGGUUGUGUUUGUUUAGGUGGCUUUAGUGUCAGAGGUAUGAGUUUAUAGGACUAGUGGAAUGUGUUUGUGUGUGUGUAAGUGUGAGUGUGGGUGUCUCUCUCUCUCUCUCUCUCUCUCUCUGUGUGUGUAAUGGGGUUGCGGAGCGUCCAUGGAUGUAGCUGGUCGUUGCUUCAGGAGGACGGGGUUUUCCAUUUGGAGGUGCGAUCUAUGUGCGCACUGUUGUGGCGGUGUUUCGAACACUAAGUGAUACAACUGAUGGUAGCCUGAAGUUUUGUUGGUGGUGGGUUCUAGUUGUGCGUGUUAAUUAUUUCCCUGGUACUUUUUUUUCUUCUGAUGGUUCCCUGUAUUUUCGAAAGAUAAAACGAUCGAGUUUUAGUUAUGUGCUGCUUGUCGUUUUCUGUGGAAUGUGUCGCUGACCUGUAGUGUUGUAAAGCUCUUUCAUUGAAAGGUCUGUGUUUAGAGUAUUGCGUGUUGGUGGAUCUCUUUGGUCUCUAGUGUGGUUCCGUUGGGAUCUGUGGCGGGCGUUUUCGCAAACACGGAGCGCUAUUUUAUCCCUCAGCUACAUGGCUGAUUUGAAACAUGGCAUUUGCGGUCUCUCGAAAAGUGUCUCAUGACUUUUCUUCGGCACUUGGGAAAGGAUUGCACGGAUUAAAAGUGGAGGCGAUGGCGAAUCAGGGGAAACCGAAAACAGAUCCGAAGACGGGGAAGAAAGAAAGCGUUAGGAGGCGGCUAACUAGGAAGGCGAUCCCGGAAACCAUCAUGCUGGGAAUCUUCACGGUCAUGGUGGCGGCGGUUCCGGUGAUCUUGAUCAGCGUCCCUGCUCCCGAGUCUGUACUGCGAGUUAAAGAAAUCAUGGAAGAUUGGUGCACACCUUCCAUCUGCUUCGUGGUGCUCAUUGUCGGAAUCGUGCUCGCAACAUCCGGGGCUCUGGGGGGCUCAGGUGGUAGGGUCACUCCUGAGCAGAACCACAAGCUCACCGAAUCUUACCUCAUUCAACGGCCUGUUUCAGCGUCGCAGAUGGACCCCUUGCGGAUGCCGGAUAUAUUCUUUUCUGCCGACACUGCGAGACAGGCACAUACUCUUUCUCAUGCCGCAACUUUUCCUGUCCGGGCUGCUCAACCCACUUCGGUUUUCGUACCAGUGUACUACCCUGCCUUUUUACCAUCCCAAUCGGGUCCGCCAUUCUCUCACAGGUCUCCCAAGGAUGUCGAAGUGGAGCGGUUCAUGCCGAGACGCGAUGGAAGAUUUGAGUCCAACUUGGGAGAAAGAUUUGUGCCGAGAGUCGAAGAACGGUUUUUACCAACAUUGGAUGAGAGACUCUCCCCCAUGGUUGUCGAUUUGAGGUUCAGCCCUAGAGUGGAGGACAGAUUUAAGCCUAGAAUGGUCGAUGAGAGAUUUUCCCCUAAUGUGGACGAUAGGUUUUCACCUCGAGUUGACGAUCGAUUUUCGCCCGAGGUGGAGGAAAGGUUUCAGCCCCAACUGGAGGAAAGGUUUGAACCCCAGAUGCAGGAAAGGUUUGAUCCCCAAAUGCAGGAGAGGUUUGAUCUCCAAAUACAGGAGAGGUUUGAUCUCCAGAUGCAGGAAAGGUUCGAUCCUCAGUCUCAGGAAAGAUUCGAGGUCGAGGAGGAAGAUGUUUAUGAGGCUCAAGAGGAAGUCACGUUUGAUGUUCGCGAGGAGAAAAGGUAUGCACAUGAUGACGAUGAAGCUCGAUCAGACUUUGACGAUGACCUCGUGGAGGAGGCUCAGGAAUCUAGCCGUGAAGACGGUGAAUUGGAAUCCGAACGUGAGGAGCAGUACGUGGAAACUGAUGCCGAUGACGAAGGUGGACCUGAGCAUGAAGUUGGCAUCAAAUCUGACAGUGAAGAUGAAGUUGAGCACUACACACAUAAUCACAACUAUUUUGAGGCAGACGUCCGUCCUAAGACUCCCCAAAGCAUCCAACCCCCUACAGUGUCUACCGAGCAUUCACCAGCUGUCCCCCCAACCGUUGAAGUUGAGCCUGUCCCUCCUCCAUUGCCUCCCUCUCAGAGGCAGAGCUACGGUAGCAGUGCGACGCUCUCCAGCAGCGCAGAGGAUCCCCCAAGUCUUCUUUCGAGACGAAAACCUCCAACGGUACCCGCUCCUCUCAUCGUGCAGAAAGCCUCUGAACCUGAGCCUGUGAAUUCACAUGCUGGAAGCAGUUCAGUUCAGGAGUCCUCCCCCAAGGUGUCAAUUAAUGGGGAACGGAAGAGAGACGAGCCUGAGACGAAUCGCUCAUCUGGAUUGUCUCCACCAACUCCACCAGAACAUCCAAGACGGCCAUUUGCCAGCUCAUCUUCUCGGAGCUAUGCGGAAUUUGUCAAACGGACCACCAAGUUUUCUCCCAAAACGCCUAUAGAGCCUCCUCCCAAACCGCCGUUUGUGAGCCCAGUCUCCACUCCCAAGGGGCCCUCACCUCCCAAGAUUCCCAGACCCGAAAUUCUUGCUUCUGUCGGAACUUUGCCGAAGGUGACCCGUAGUCCGAAAUCGGAGAGCAUCGAAACGGAAGCAAUGAAUCAGUCUGAUGGUAAGAACUCCUCUUCUGCGGUUUCCCUAAAAGCGAGCUCUCCCUCUUUGGUGAAGCAAGAGCCGAUUCCAGUCCGGAAGCCAAGAGAGGUUAGAGUUGUAGACGACGACAGCAUUGAGACGGAUGCCGAGAAGCAAGACGACGACGUGGAUCAGCGAGUUGAAGCAUUCCUCAGGAAGUUUCGGGAGCAGAUUAGAUUACAGAGGCAAGAGUCACUGCAACGGCACAGGAGAGGCGAAAGUCUGGACUCUUGAGAGAGAGAAAGAGAAAGAGCAAGGCACAACUUUGUUUUAAUUUUUCCAUACUUGGAGCAUCGCCUACUCAGCUGCAAAUUUUGUUCUUCUGGAGCCAAGGGCGAGAAAAAACAAAAGACGGUUGCUUUGCUCCCCAGCAUAGCGCUAAUGAAGUGGAGAUAUGUACGAGACGGACAAUCCAGAGUCUAGCCCCCCACUUCACUGAUUGAAUUGUGGCAGUAUUUUUCAGGUCCAAUGCUAGUACUUGUACCGUAGAAGUUUCAUUUUAAGCUGGCAAAAUGAGCACAGGGAUGCAGACGAUUGCACUGGCAUAGCCAACAUCUCCAUAGCCAUAUCACACACAAUCAAGGCCAACUGUCACACAGCAUCUGGUUGUGUUGUUCCCACUUCCCUUGGCCUCCGUUUUCUUAAUCAGAUUCCUCCUCGAUGAAGUCAAAUGAGAUUGGCUCAGUCAUUCAAUAAAGUAGUCCUCAGCAGCAGCACUUGUCUGGAUGAACUUGUAUAGUUUGUAACUACAUUGUAUUAUAUCAAAUAAAGCGGCAGGCGGGGACACUCCACCCAUCUUAUUGCA